GGCCCCAGUAUUCACAUUAGUGAUUUUGUCUGUGAAACUAUUGGGCAUCUCAAACUUUCAGACUAUGAAAUUGCUAUAAAUGACUUAUUUCCUGAUUCUAAACUCUCGCAAAUGGGCAUGAAAGAUGGUACAAAAAAACCACUUCUUUGUGCUAGUAAAUAUCACAAUGGUUCCGAGCAUGUAAUGACCUAUAGAGACAGUAAUGGUGUAUUAAGGCCUAAGGGAAUUAGACGGGUUCUUGAAGAAAGAGGUUUAUGGAUACCAGGCCUUAUAAAAAAGUGUGAUACUUGUAAAAAAAAUAAGCCUGAUCCAACCAAUCCAAACUGUUGUACUUCAUGUAUUCUUUCAGCUCAAUCCAACUUUGCAUCUCAAAGAUCACGCAUACGAGAGAUGUUGAAGUGUUGGAGACUUCAGGCAUUUAAUAUUUUGGGCCAGACCACAACUAUGUAG